GGAGGUUGGGCAGGUGCUCUGGGUGGAAGUAGUUUCCUCUUUCUCGGGGUACCUGUUUUAUCGGCCACACAGGCUUGGAAGGAGAACUCCAGUCUUCUCCAGGUCUUUGGAGAGGAACAAGGGGCUAUUCCCAUGGGGACCACAGCAGGAGGACUCCCAUUUUAUCUGUAACUUUAGCCCUUUUGGAAAACAACUGUUUUAAUAUGACUUUUAACAAAAUCUCUAGCUCCCAGGGCAGGAACAAACAUCUCCAGUGUUAUUCCUCCAAUACCUACUGGUGCUGGGUACUGCUUUGUCUAGUGUAUGUUUGGUGAGUGAGUAAUGAUCUCACGUUUCUAAGUUCCUUUGAAUCUCUGGGUCUAUUUUCUAAGAUGUUCCACAAAAGAGUCUGGUCUCCAGAGGGGCAGAAACUGACUUCCAGAGUCUUUCUUGUGACCUACCAUGUUUUGGGAGCCCAGAUUUGAAAGGAAAGGUAGUUACCAGGAACUACAACCUGGGCAAGGGAUUGUUUCAAGGCAUUCUAUGUCCACAAGUUCAGAGCCAUGCUUGGGAAGAACCGACUCAUUUUUCCUGGUGAGAAGGUGCUCUUGGCGUGGUCUGGGGGCCCUUCGUCCAGCUCCAUGCUCUGGCAAGUUCUUGAGGGCCUGAGUCAGGAUUCUGCAAAACGGCUACGCUUUGUGCCAGGAGUCAUCUAUGUUGACGAAGGAGCAGCCUGUGGCCAGAGCCUAGAAGACAGAGUAAAGACCUUGGCUGAGGUGAAGCUGAUCCUGCAGAAAACUGGCUUCCCAUGGCAUGUGGUUGCCUUGGAGGAGGUGUUCGGCUUGCCACCAUCGGUGCUGUGCUGUGCUUCCCAGGAGCCAGCAGGGACAGAGGAGGCCUACAAGGUGGCCGUGGACAGCUUCCUGCAACAGCAGCAUGUGCUAGGGGUUGAGGGCUGUGUGAGCCCAGCUGAGGGAGAGGAGCAGAUACACCUAUCCCAUAGCCAGGAAUCCCUGGGCACAACUGGGUCCCCCGUAGCCGCUCAGACUGAGGCCUUGUCUAGGUUGUUCAACUCCAUAAAGACACUGACAGCCAAAGAAGAGCUUCUGCAGACCCUGAGGACCCAUCUGAUCGUGCAUGUAGCCCGGACCCAUGGCUACUGCAAGGUGAUGACCGGGGAGAGCUGCACCCGCCUGGCCAUCAAGCUUAUGACCAACUUGGCCCUGGGGAGAGGAGCCUUCCUUGCCUGGGACACGGGCUUCUCAGAUGAGCGACAUGGGGAUGUGGUGUUGGUGAGGCCCAUGCGGGACCACACGCUGAAGGAAGUGGCCUUCUACAACCACCUGUUUGGUGUGCCCUCAGUCUUCACACCAGCCAUUGAUACCAAGGCUCCGGAAAAGGCUAGCAUCCACCGGCUGAUGGAGGCCUUCAUCCUGAGGUUGCAGACUCUGUUCCCCUCUACAGUCAGCACUGUGUACAGGACAAGUGAGAAGCUGGUCAAGGCUCCCAGGGAAGGCUGUGCCACCAGCCCCUCAAGCCCCAACUGCCUCCUCUGCAUGUGUGCACUGGACAUCGACACUGCUGACAGUGCCACAGCCUUUGGGGCUCAGUCCUCCUCACAUCUCUCCCAGAUGCCGCCUGCUGAGGCUGGGACACCUGCCCUGCUCUGCUGCAGUGCAGGGGAGGGUCAGGCCCAGCGCUGCCACAGGGCAGUUGGCAGGAGGGGGGACGCACAGGCCUGCAUCACAGAGCAGCUGUGUUAUAGCUGCCGGGUGAACAUGAAGGACCUGCCCUCCGUGGAUCCAUUGCCACCCUAUGUCUUGGCCGAGGCUCAGCUCCGCAGCCAGAGGGCCUGGGUCUCUCAGGAAAUCCAGGAGUAUCUAAUUACAGACAGUGAUGAGGAAGAGGAGGAAGGCAGAGUGGAGCCUGGGCAUGCCCAAUCAUGCAAAGCCGUGAAGCAGGAAGGUGAAGACACAGGGAUCGGUCUGUGACUGUCCAUUUGUAUAAAUAAAAAUGUUUUUACUUAGAAAA